AUGGCUAGAUAUUCCAAAUCAAACAAACCAAAAGGGUUAAAGCAGCAGGUUGUGUUACCAACUUAUCAACUAGACUCAAACUUGGUUUUACUCCCAGGUAUCAUUUACAACGUUACAUUUUCCCGUUUCAAAGCUGCUGCGUUAUUGUACAGAUUCAAAAAUGUUGUGUCACGAGUUUCCAUUAUCAACAAUUUGUUAGCAGAAUACAACUUUGAUGUCAACGACAACAACAAAACCACAAACAGUGCUGCGGAUGGUGACUCACCUAACCCAAGUGUUAUUUCACAGGAUGCAGUUGAUGGUAUUUCCCAAUUUUACACUUUGGAAAGUUCCAUCAAUGAAGGCAAGGAGGAUGAAUCUUCAGGGCCUAUUAACGACUUUGAUUGGUUGACGUUGGCUAUAUCGCCCAAUUUAGACAAGAUAUUGGAAUCCAGAAACAAAGAUGUCGACAAUUACGCCAAAGUUGUGACGGUAGUUCGGGUUGUUGGCAUUGUUGAUGAUUCAACAAAUAUAAAGUUGACUUUGCAAGCUCUCACCCGGGGAGUUAAAGUUGCGGAACCUCGUACCAAAACACGUCCGAAUGAGGCUAAUGUUACUGUUGAUUGGAGCACGGAAGUCUCGGAUAUAAAUAAUAGGUUCAAGACAUUGAGAUCAAACUACAAGAAGCUAUUCAAUUCGAUUGAAAAGUUUCUCAUAAUGUAUCGUGAAGCUUUGAAAAAUAAUGCAAGCAUGGGAAGCAACAAUCUCUCGUUGACCAAGGACAAUUUGAAUGAUGACAAGAAGCAAGGGGAUAAGGAUCCGAUUAAACAAGAUUUGUUAACAUUGAAUCCCUUGGCUACUGCUUUGUAUAUGCAGUUGGCGGGCUCGAAGGACUUUAGCAAAGCAUUCCUGAGCUUACAGAGAUUGUAUUCCCAGAUUCGCACCACUUCUUCUUCAUCUGAGGAUGCAAAAGUUGAUGCCCAGACGUAUUUGAGGUUAAUCGAUUUAACGUCGGCGAUUUUACCAUUCCCCAAUUAUGAAAAGUUGAAGAUGUUGAACAGGUACAAAAUAGACGACAGAUCAGAUGCAAUCAAUGAAAUGAUUUUGUUGUUGAAUGAUGUUUUUGAAGCGUUGAAGCAAAACAACUCAUUUGCCAAUAACUGGUUCCAUAAUGAGGCAUCGAACGUUCAACGUGCAACUGUUGUAUCCAACCAGCUCAAGUCAAUUCGAGUGUUGCUAGAAGGAAUGAGCAAAAGAAAUAGAGCGGCUCAAAAACAAUCGCAAUCAAAUCAACAAUCGAGACCUCCUAAUGCUCCCAACUCUAGACAGUCUCGAGCAAAUGGAGGGCCAAGUAAUGGUGGCGAUGAUUUUGAAGAAGGCGAUGAUGAUGAAGACGAGUUGCGAGCAAUUACUGAUUUCAUCAAGAAUAAAUUGCCAACAAUCACCUCUUUAUCACCCGACUCCAAGAGGCUAAUCUUUAAAGACUUUAAAAGAAUCAAAUCAGCAGCAAAUUCUCCAGGAGGUGGUGGAAAUGCAGAUUUCCAUGUCAUUCGAAACUAUUUGGAAAUUGUGAUGGAUAUACCAUGGGAUAAGUAUGUUAGUAAAUUUAAAACCAACAGGGAAAUCGAUUUGAAAGCUGCCAAGGCUCAAUUAGACAAAGACCAUUACGGUUUGGAGCAUGUCAAGAGAAGACUUAUCCAAUAUUUGGUGGUGUUGAAAUUGUUGGGUAUCAAUGCUGCCAAGACUAUUGAUGGGGAAAAGGGCAAGGUGCCUGAAAAGAAUGUCAAUAAUCAAAAGGACUCCACUACGAGUGAGCAAAAUGGUAUCCUUAUUGCCAAUGGAGAUGAGACGUACCGUGCAAAACAAAAGGCACAAGACCAAGUUGACAAGUCGAUGGAAGACUCUAGACAUGAAGAGGGUGCUCUCGAGGCAAUUAGAGUUACCAAAAGUAACAAGUCGCCCAUCAUUGCUCUUGCAGGACCACCAGGAAUUGGAAAAACUUCUAUUGCUAAAUCCAUUGCCACUUCCUUGGGAAGAAAUUUCCAAAGGUUGUCAUUGGGAGGUAUUAAAGACGAGAGUGAAAUUAGAGGCCACAGAAGAACUUAUGUUGGUGCAAUGCCAGGUCUCAUUAUCCAAGCUUUGCGUAAAGCGGGCUGUAUGAAUCCGGUUAUCUUGUUGGAUGAAAUCGAUAAGGUCGUUGGUGGCAAUUCAGGUGCGACAAAGUAUAAUGGUGAUCCAUCGGCGGCACUAUUGGAAGUGUUGGAUCCCGAGCAAAACAGCACAUUUAUUGACCAUUAUUUGGGAUUCCCCGUUGAUUUAUCACAAGUCAUUUUCAUCUGUACUGCUAAUGAUCCGUAUAAUAUGACAAGACCACUUUUGGAUAGAUUGGAAUUGAUUGAAAUGGGCGCUUACGACUAUAAUGAAAAGAUGAUUAUUGGACAAAGAUACCUCUUACCAAGACAAGUGAAGCGCAAUGGGUUCCCCGUAUCGAGCGAACGCAAAGUUGAAGAGUUUGUUAAUAUUGACAAGGCAGCAUUGAAGAAGAUCAUUAUUGAUUAUACAAGAGAAGCAGGUGUAAGAAACUUUGAGAGGAAAUUGGGUACUUUAUGCCGAUUUAAAGCGGUUGAAUAUUGCGAGCAGUUGAAUGAUGCACCAAAACGUUACAAUCCUCAUAUUGAUGAGAACGAUUUGUCAAUCUAUCUUGGUGUUCCAUUUGCUAGUGGUGAUUUCACUGCUAAUGAAAGUACAUCCAUUGGUAACUCGAGAAUUGGAGUUGUCAAUGGCUUAUCAUACAACUCUGAAGGUUCGGGUUCUGUUUUAGUCUUUGAAAGUAUUGGAUUUGAUAGACGAACCGGCAAUGAUGGCAAUGCGUCAUCUGGUUCAGGUGCUACAUUACACAUGACGGGUCGAUUAGGUGAAGUGUUGAUGGAAAGUGGUAAAAUUGGAUUAACGUUCAUCAAGCUGAUGAUUUACAAGAGUUUACUCAAGUAUGAAGAAGAACCAGGGAAGCAAAAUACAUCGGCAUUACUCAACAAAUUCAACAAUUUGGACAUUCACAUGCAUGUGCCCAUGGGAGGAAUCCCCAAAGAUGGACCAUCAGCAGGUGUUACAAUGGCAUUGCUGUUUUUAUCAGUCUUGUUGGAUAAGCCAGUACCUACUGAUAUUGCCAUGACGGGGGAAAUCACAUUACGCGGAUUAGUUUUACCUAUUGGAGGAGUUAAAGAAAAAUUACUUGGUGCUCAUUUAAGUCAUGGAAUUAAACGUAUGAUUGUGCCUAGAGAAAAUCGUAAGGAUUUAAUUGAAGAAUAUUCAAAGAGUAUAUUGGAAGAAAAACAACAUGGGAAAACCAAUGGAUCAUCGAAACAACAACACGCUGGUGGUGGUGAUGGUAACGAUGAUUUGAAUUUCCUUAAUGAGUUGUUGAAAGACAAUGAGGAGGUCGAUUUCAAGAUGGACAAUAGUGAACAAUUUUAUUUGAAAAAGUAUGGUAUUCAAUUGAAUUAUGCUCGAGAAUUUUACGAUGUUGUUAAAAUCGUUUGGAAUGAAGAUGAUAUUCUUUUGAAAGAGGAGUCUAAUCAAAAAAGACUACUUGAAUAUCGUAUUUGA